UCAAUCCCUGCAAACUACUGCAUCUGCCGUAAAAUUUCCCCUAGGAAAUCCCAUCCCUUAAUCCACAACAUAGAUAUUUUCACACUUCUCUAGGCGUAAUAAUAUAUAUACAGCGAGCACAUGACGCAAGAGAAAAAGGGUCCACUCCUUGGAAAAGAUUCACAUCGAUUGCCCACAUAUACGGGAUUCUGAAAAAAGAGGGCAAGAAAACAUAGCGGAGAGGGUUUUGAUGGCCGACCACUCCGAGGAUUUAGACCAACUUCUUGACAGCGCUUUGGAUGAUUUCCAGAGCCUUAACCUCACCGCUUCUGCUCAAAGUGGUGUCGAUAAUAAUUGUCAAAAACCUGGAGAGAGCAAGCAAGAGAGUUCAUCUACAUUGGCAUGUGGAAAUGUUCAAGGAUUGGGAAUGGGAUUGCCUGAUUUGAAGAUUAAGAAAAAGGGUAAACAAAAGGUGCCAUCAGUAAAGCAGGACGCCCAUAUUUCUGAGGCGCUUGAUAAGCUGAGAGAGCAAACUAGGGAGGCGGUCAAAGGUUUGGAGUCGGUGGCCGGUCCAAAACCACCAAUGGGUGCAGAAAAUCUGGGGGGUGAUGCAAUGAUGGAGGAAUGGGUUAAGCAGUUUGAGGAGCUUGCUGGCUCUCAGGAUAUGGAGUCAAUUGUAGAGACCAUGAUGCAACAGCUUCUGUCCAAGGAAAUUCUUCACGAGCCUAUGAAAGAAAUUGGAGAGCGUUAUCCUUUAUGGCUGGAAGAUAAUAAAGCUAAAUUGACAGAUGAAGAAUAUGCACGUUAUACUCACCAAUAUGAGCUUAUAAAAGAAUUGAACCAAGUUUAUGAAACAGAUCCGAGUAACUUCAACAAGAUUGUUGAGCUCAUGCAGAAAAUGCAAGAGUGUGGCCAACCACCUAAUGAUAUUGUGCAGGAGCUUGCUCCAGACUUUGAUCUAUCAACUCUUGGACAAUUGUCUCCAGAGAUGUUGGAGUCUCAACAGAAUUGUUGUAUUAUGUGAGGGGGUGGAGAGAUGCAUUUCCGCUAUCCUGCAGUCUUUUCCGUUAUAGAAAAAUGAUUUUAGAUGCGUCACUUGGAAUUAUUUUGUUUUGAGGCAUGUUGUCUAUAUAUCAAACUCAAGUUUGUUCGACAUCUUCAGCCUUCAUGGCGUUGCCUGAUUAUCUCAAUUUUAUGUCCCAUCUGGAUUCUUGGA